GACCCUGUGAGGCUCCGGGUCCGCGGCCGUCUGCCUGGUCGUGCCCGCAGGCAGCGGGAGGCCUCAGGGGUGCUGGCGGCGUGCGCUGUUCCCGCAGCCGGUCGGGGCAGGGCCAGGCGGGGACAGAGGUGGCCAGUGAGGCCUGAGGGGCCGACAGCGUCGUUCCCCGUGUGUGGGACGCCGGUGUCUUCAUGAAUAACUUAAAUGAUCCUCCCAACUGGAACAUCCUGCCGCAUCACAGAGAGCCCAGGGAUGAAGGCAGCAGGUGGAAUUACGCCUUGCUGGUCCCCAUGCUGGGCUUGGCUGCCUUCCGCUGGAUCUGGACCAGAGAAUGUCAGAAAGAAAUAGAAAGAGAAAAAAAAGAAUAUUAUAAAAAGCAGUCAUCUUUACAAAAAGACCUGGAAGCCAAGUACCGGGAUAUAAUCAUAGAAAAUCGUCGUGCAGUUGCACACUUGGAGCUGGAGCUUGAAAAGGAACGCAACAGGACCCUGAGUUACCGUGAAGCCCUCGUGUCCCAGAGUCGUAAACUAGUAGAAGAGAGAAGGAUCCUAGAACAGGAGCAAGAGAAAUUAGAGAGAGAAAAAGAAGUUCUUUUGCACUCAGGAGCAGCAGGAACCUUGUACCAAAGCUGUCUGGCAAAGGAAGAGGAGUGGCAGAAGAGAGCCAACACUUUACUAAAAGAAUUUGAAGAUGGGCUUAAAGAAAGACAGGAAAUCUACUGCAGUUUUGUAGUACCUAAAAGUCAGAGACUAGAAAUAGAGAAAAAUCUGCUAGUUAAAGCAGCAACUGAUCCGGUUGCUAUGGCUUUACAUAUGGAAAGUGGCUUAAAAGAUAUUUUCAAACAUGAUAACUAUUGUGGCAAUCUGAUGAACAAAAACAGAAGUCAAAACGGAAGACUUAUGUGGCUGUAUUUGAGAUACUGGGAACUAGCUAUUGAAUUACAGAAGUUCAAGAGGGUAGAAAAUGUAAUGUUAGGAAAACGUUAGGGGAAGUAGUGGUGAUUUAUGCAAUCUACUAUGAGGAAUAGGGACAACCACAGCUGUAGUCUGAAGCUGAUAAAUUCUUUCUGGAUUUCAGUUUCUGCUCUUCGUUGCAUUUGUAUCUGCAUGGGACGUGCAGUGUUGUUUAACAACAGAUGCUCCAGUGAGCUGUGCAUGCUCUAAAACUGUGUUUGUGUAUCUCUGUAUUACACUGCAGUCUGCAGUACAAGCUUCAGUAGGUAUCAGAAGCAGCAAAACAAUUUGAUUUAGAGUAAUUUACCCAGUUGAAGGUCAUAGUCCAUCAAUAGAGAAGUGCAAUUUUUCUUCCUUAAGUGGAUGAUAAUGUCAUGCUCCUUAUUCCUGAUGUUCUGCACGGUGUCUCAACACUGUCUUUCUUUUUUCAGCAGAACUUUGGAAGAAACCACAAUUGAGUAAGGUGUCUGUCACGUAAUGUGUGUGCAUAUAUACAUACAUUUAUAAAAAUAUGUAUGUAUGUUUGUGUACAUGUAUGUAAGAAAAGAAUAGUAUAAUUAUGUUUCAUAUUAAUCAGUCUUGCAUUGUCUUCCAGACUUAAAAUAAAAACAGGACUUCAUGAACGUCCAGAAGAUGGUAAUUAAAAUAACAUGUAAAGAAACAGAUUGAUUGAAGUCACAUUGAAGUUGGGGAGACAUGCUUGAAUAUUAAAUAGUACGUAGACUUGCAGUUAUAUUCUCACCGUACGUUAUUCACAUUAAGAAUACCUAUGUUUUUCUUUUCCUCAAAGUUUUAGUUGUAACCCAACAGUGUGUCUCCAUUAUAGACAUUACUGUGCUGCUGCCUCUGCAUCCCAGUGCACUUGGUACAUUUUUAGCUUUCAGGAACCACGAUAGUCAUUGCACCUGGUUGUACUGCUUGUACAGGUGUUCCCAGCUAGGAGCCUAAAUGCAGCUGGGCACUGGUAGCCACCCUUCCCCUUCCUGACUGUGUCUGUGCUCCCAGACCUGAAGUGCACUGUUCCACAGCUCUUAAAUUUUGAGCUUAUAGGCCACCCCUUCAUGUCCACACGGCCGUACAGAUUUAAAAAGAAGGCAUUUUACUUUUAUUACCACAAUAUACAGAUCCAGAUUAAAUUAAUAAAACAUUACAUUUCCAUGCUUGAAAUCCCUUACAGCUUUGUUCUUUAGCCAAUAGAAAAAACAGGAACCACCUUCAUUUUCAAAAGUGCCAUGUAUGUUGGAGCGUACCUCUUUUUCUUUCUACUUUCUAAUCCAGCCUUGGAGCCCAAAAAGGAAGUGUUUACCUUUUUGUUUAUAAUGCCGAUCUUCUCUGUUACUUGUCUUCAAUUAAUGUUUUUAAUUUGUUGGUUCUUUAGCAUUUCUUUAUUAACUGCCAAACGUUUGCUCUAGGCAAUUAGCUGUCACAUAGCCCAAAAACAAUCCAACUCAGUGAAUGCCUAUCCAAGUUUGACAAAGAUCUCCAGCAGAUGCAGUUUUCUCUUACUACUGCCUCUCAGUUGCAUUUUAUUCAAGAACAACAGACAGAAGAUAAAUCUUCUGAAGUAAUGUAUACAACCUAAUUCAGUUUCUCAGCAAAAAUAACACGGAACAAAAUUCUUAAACACGUUUGUUUCCCAAAUACUCUAUUUUCCAUCUGUCUUUUUGCCCACCUUUGUGGUGUUACUCAUUUUGUUGUAUUAAUUUAUUAGCUUCUUAUGGGCUGUUCUAUUUUAUUUUUAAAUAAAGUUUAAAUGAUUAAUUAUGGGGAAAAAAGACAUACAAUCACAGUCAUUAGAAAGGCUACAGGUUAUCUGGAUGCCAAGCUUAUGCAGGUUGCACCGUGAAAAUGUGAGUUAGUACUUUUGUGUAGCUGUUGCAGCUGACCACAUGUACAUGCCCUAAGUGCCCAUUAGAACAGAUCUGAUCAAACAACUUAUCUUGUGUAUAAUUCCUUCAGGAUGUGUAAGGUGUGACCACACAGCUGUCGUGUUUCAUGUGUACAUCCAAGCAGUUACAGCAACACAGCUAGCAAACAGUAGACAGUGAAUUGAUGCCAAUACAUUCAAGCCUCAGAUCUUGACUUUGUACAUCUUCACUAGUUUUUAAUAUUAAAAGUUGAAAUGCUAUGGUUUUUCAGUUUUUUUUAUAGUUCAUGUCCUUGACAUCAAUUCAAAAUUAAAAAAAAA